AUGAAGAAACCAGUACCGCCUAAAUUUGAUUCAGAAGAUGAAGAUAUUUCAUUGGAUGCUAGCCAACGAUCCGAUGAUAGCUCUCUGUCGCAAUUUGAAUCGAUUAGUGAUAAUUCUAUUACUAUCGAACCAAUAAUGGCACGACUGAGUACGAUUAGCCAUAGUCAAACAUUUUCACAAAAUUCUAUUGAUGUUCCAAUGACAACACCCAUUUCAACACGACGUAGCAGUUUUAAACAUCCGCAAUUGUCUUCAUCACCGUUUCUACCACGAUCAGGUGAGACACCAGUAGCAGUUGUCAAAAAAGAACUAACAUAUACGAUUAAAUUUGCAACAACAACAACAUCAUCAAACAAUAAAACAACACCAUCUUCUAAUAAUAAACGAAAACGGUCAGAUCAAGAGAGUGUUAUCAAAUCAUCGUCACCCCGUGAACAGGAGAAUCAAUAUCAACAACAAAAUGAUAUUGAUUUAUCGUCUAUUUUAGUCAAAACACCUGAUCAAUCACCGUUUUCUAGACGUAAACAUUUACAAUUAGUUCAAGAAACAUCAUUUCGUUCACCAAAAUGUUUAAGGCGUAGUCGUUUGCAUGAGACAACAACAACAUCGGUUGUAAUGAAUGAAAGUGAAAAGCAUGGUAAAGGUGAUUUAACACAUACAAAUCCCUUUAGUCCAGAAUUAUCUCUAUCGAAAUAUAUGAAAACAGAGCGACUACCAUCACCGCGUUAUGAAACACGUUUAGCUAUAAAACGAGCAGCAGCAUUAAAUAAUAGUUUUCAAAAACCGCCAGAACCACAAUCACAAUUAUUAAUGUUACGUGAAUUAGCGAUAAAACGUUAUGAUGAAGAAUUUCGUGAAGAAAAUUUAAUCGGAAGUGGCGAAUUUAGUCACGUUUAUUCAGUAACAAAUCGUUUGGAUGGCCUAACUUAUGCUAUAAAAAUGUCGAAACAUAGUAUUAUUGGCACAUCCUAUGAAAAACUAGCAUGGCGAGAAGCGUGUGCACAUGCUGUAUUGGUCACUCACGAAAAUAUUGUACGCUAUUAUUCAGCAUGGAUCCAAGAUAGUAAAUUUUAUGUUCAACUAGAACAUUGUAAUGGUGGUGCAUUAGACGAUAUUAUACAAAAAAAUCGUUUAUACCCAAAUAGUGAACAGUGUACAUUAAAUGAACUUGUGUUGAAACAAAUUCUACAUCAAAUAGCUGAUGCAUUAUCCUAUAUGCAUUCGAAGGACAUAGCACAUUUAGAUGUUAAGCCGGCUAAUAUCAUGUUAUGUUAUAAAGAAAAAGGAAUAUCGCCGUAUGGACGACUGGAGCACAUGAUGGAUGAACAAGACAAUAUUCUUUAUAAAUUGACUGAUCUUGGUCAUGUUUGUUCAAUUAGUAAAUGCACUGUUGAAGAAGAUGGUGAUAGUCGUUAUUUAGCAUUAGAAGCAGUACAAAAACCAAAUUUACCAAAUUUAUCGAAAUGUGACAUAUUUUCUCUUGGUUUAACAUUGUAUGUUAGUGGUACAAAUAAAGAAUUGCCAGUUAAUGGGAAUGAAUGGCAACAAUUAAGAUUGAAUAUUAAUCAACAUUUAGCAUUGAUACAAUCAUGUUCACAAGAGUUCAAUGAUUUAUUGUUAAAUCGGAUGUGUAAUGUUGACCCAUCUGAAAGACCAUCAGCAUACGAUUUAUUGAUUAAUCCUGUAGCAUCACCAAGUAAUCCGUCAUGCCGCGAAACAUUGAGACACAGUUUAAAACGCGAACGACAAAAAAAUUCAUUAUUGAAUAAAAAAUUAUUGGAACACUACCUCUUAACAACAGCAACAGAUAAUAAUAAUGAUGCAGGUGGUGUACAAUACAACAAUAACAAUGAUGCAAGUAUUCAUUUGUUAUUAUCACCAACUCAGUCGUCCACAGCAAAUGUUCAACAUUAUGCUUCAACACCAAAUGAUUUAUCAUCAUCUUCAUCAUCUACGAAUGGACGUUUAAAUAUAAAUACAAAUUUCGGUUUUAUCAAUCCAGAUCAUUUCCAUUUAAAUAAUUCUCUGACAUCACCAAUGAAUGGUGGUCAACGAGGAACAUAUAAUUUGGAAAAUAAACACUUUUUACAUAUUGAUGGACCAUAUAUUGUUGUCGCAAAUCAUCAAUCGAGUAUUGAUUUUAUUGGCAUGAUGAAUUUAUGGACAGAUCAUAUUAAAUAUUGUUCAGUUUUAGCCAAAAAAGAAUUACUUUAUGCUGGACCAUUUGGAGUAACUGCAUGGCUUGCUGGUGUGGAAUUUAUUAAUAGAAUGAAUUCUAAACAAGCUGCAAUAACAAUGAAAAGUAUUAUGGAAAAAAUUAAAUUAAAAAAUUUAAGAUUGUGGAUAUUUCCAGAAGGUACACGAAAUAUGGAUGAUGAAUUUCGUCCAUUUAAGUCGGGAGCAUUUCGUUUAGCAAUACAAGGACAAAUUCCAAUUAUUCCCGUUGUUUUUUCAUCUUAUAAAGAAAUCUACAGCCCUAAUAAAUCCAAUUUAUUUUGGAAAAAUGGUGUAGUGACAAUCAGAUGCCUUGAACCUAUUGAAACAAAACAUAUGACAAUGGACGAUUUUCCACAAUUAACUACAACAGUACGAGAGAAAAUGAUGAAAGAAUUUAACAUGUUGAAAACUAUACCAGAUAUUUGA